AUGCUGCUUCGUUAUUAUUUGACGGUUACAGUUGCGCUCUGCUGCGAGGUCAGCGCGGGGCCAUGUCGCCCACACAGCAGCAGCAGCAGUAUUGCGACAGCAUCUUCCACUGUACACACGGAUGAUCUGAUCUCGUCUACAUCUCUAUUGACAUUGAGCAGUGUGGAAGUGGAAGCGACUACAGUCCUCGAGAGUACCACGUCGAUUCCGUUCAGUGCAUCUCUAGUUGUUCCUUCCGACACCCUGGCCAAAUCAAGCGCCUCUACAUCAGCAUAUGACUUGUCAGCGUCAAUCGACACAGCCGCUACAUCUGUUGUCUUUUCUUCUGUCACAACAGUGGCUUACUCAGAUACCCAAACGAGUGAUGCCGCCCUUACAGCAACCAUAACAUCUAGUGAAACAGCUGCAAGCCCGAUCACCUCGGACUAUCAAUCGCCUACUCUUGACCAGACAACUGGAGUGGAUUCCACCACAUUGGAUAUCACCACCACAAGCACGGAGGCAUCUUUCACCGCCACGGAAAGGAAUGAAACACCUCUUCCCCAAAUCACUAGCUCGAGUAGAGAUAUAUCGUCCGAUCAAACAUCAGCUGGCGCAGAAAUGAGCACGGCGGAAACAACCAGUGCCAAGUCAAGCACCGCCUCGACAAAAGAGGAGACAACUACCACGUCUACAACGAGCGCGGAGCCGAUUCAGCCAACCAACUACUUUUUAAACGGAGGCUUCGAAAUACCCAAUGAUGUGGGCGAAUACACGGGUACACCAUCAUUACUUGGCCGGGACGUCAAGGUUAAGUCAGAUUCCAUACAAGCUCUUUCCGGCACACAUUAUGCUGAACUGGCUCUCCCUCCUACUGGGGCCUAUGUCUUUCGUCAAUCUCUGACAGGCCUGGACCCGGCGAAGAGAUAUGCUUAUACUUACAACUGGGCAACCAACGACAUGACAGCUCUUAACGAAUUUAAUGCCUAUCUUAAAUUCUCCACAUAUAUUGGCAAUAGUGCGUAUGAGCUUGACUACAGGGGCGAAAUAGGUCCUAAGAACCGCUACGUCAAGAGGAAGAUCGUCUUCGGCGGAACCACGGCGACAGCUGCCGCCAUGGUGCAAACUCGCGUGCAAGCUGUCAGCAUUACAAGUGGUUCCAUCCGGUUCGACGAUGUCAGUAUUUUCGAGUACGACCCGCCAUGUACGCUUCUCAAUCCAACACCAGAAAAUAAAUGGUGUGGCUUGAAGGGUAGCGUGUAUAGUCUGAGCAAAGAAGACAAGGCGAUUGGGAAGGAACAAUCCUUAUCUCUUGAGGAUUGUCUGCAAAGUUGCCAUCUGGAACCAACAUGCCAGAUUAUCUCAUAUGUUGCAGCCGUUGGAAAUAAUAUAGGACGGUGCUGGCGAUUUAAGGUUCCGAGGGAGGAUAUAGAAUAUGUUGCGAACAGCGGUGGACAUAAUGUCUAUGAGCCAGGGUGCUUCAGCUUUAAAUAA